AUGCGAUGCGCGAGCAAGGCCGCCGAGAGCGCGUCCGCACGUCUCUGUGCGGACGCCGAAGCAGAAACUACAGCAACUGAUGUCUCAUCGGUUGCUGAAGUGACCCAGCCUGUGUCACUUGGUGAUGCAGGCGCUGGUCAUGAAGACACUCAUGUCUUCACAAAGUAUGAGCUCGGUGUCUCAUACUCUCCUGAUACGGAAGACGAUCCCGUAUCGACGGCGAUUGAAUCCAAGCCGCCUGCCAAGCGUGGCAUGGAUGAUGCUAUGCGUCGCAGCAUCUUUGGUUCAUCUGAUGAAUCAGAUGAACCAUCGCCGAAGCGAAGGCGCUCGAGGUCACGAGACUCGGGCGCUAACAGUGGUGUCGGUUCUCCUAUUGACACCACUUCACAGUAA